AUGGCAGAACAAAAGAAGCCUGUAAUAGGCGACUACGACCUCUCAACCCCAAUCGACCCCAACUCGACCGGCCUCCGCCAGGGCCUCACCUCCUACGGCGACGCGCACUUCUCCCUCUUCCUGCGCAAGGUCUUCAUCAAGGCCCUCGGCUACAGCGAGGAUGCGCUCUCGCGCCCCAUCAUCGGCAUUGUCAACACGUACUCGAGCUUCAACCCGUGCCACGCCAACGUGCCGCAGCUGAUUGAGGCCGUGAAGCGCGGGGUGCAGCUCAACGGCGGGCUGGCGAUCGACUUUCCCACGAUCAGCAUCGCGGAGAGCUUCGCGUCGCCGACGAGCAUGUAUCUGAGGAACCUGAUGAGCAUGGACACCGAGGAGAUGAUCAAGGCGCAGCCGUGUGAUGCUGUGGUGUUGAUUGGAGGGCCAAUGAUGCCGGGCAGCCACAAGGGUGUAAGAAUCGGCGCAUGCACAGAUUGCCGCAACAACUGGGCGGCAUACAGAGCCGGGAAGAUUGAUAUCGAAGAUAUCUCCGCCAUCAAUGACGAGCUUGCACCAACGGGAGGAACAUGCGGCGUCAUGGGCACCGCCUCAACCAUGGCCUGCAUCCUCGUCGGCCUCGGCAUGAUGCCCUUCGCCGGCGCCACCGCCCCCGCCGUCUCCUCCGCCCGCCUCCGCAUCGCCGAGCAAACAGGCGGCCUCGCCGUCGCCCUGCACACCAAGCGCCUCAAGCCCCAGGACCUCCUCACGCGCGAGUCCUUCCUCAACGCCAUCACCGUCCUCCAGGCCAUCGGCGGCUCCACUAACGCCGUCGUCCACCUCAUGGCCAUCAUCGGCCGCCACCCGGCCGUCGCCGGCACCAUCACCCUCGACACCUUCGACGAGAUCGGCCGCAAGACGCCCCUGAUCGUCGACCUCAAGCCCAGCGGCGACAACUACAUGACCGACUUCCACAACAGCGGCGGCAUGCUCGCGCUGCUGCACGAGAUCAAGGACCUGCUGUACCUGGACGCGAUGACGGUUACGGGCAGGACGCUCGGCGAGGAGCUCGCGAGCACGCCCUUCAUCCCCGUGCCGCGGGACAGCUUGGUCAACUGCCUGCAGACGUUCAACGAGCCGCUGUACCCGGCGUCUGCGCUCGCUGUGCUCCGCGGGAAUAUCGCGCCCGGCGGCGCGGUGAUCAAGCAGAGCGCGUCAAAGUACCGGCAUCUGCUGAAGCACUCCGGCCCCGCGGUCGUGUUCGCUGGAUCCGCGGACAUGGCGCUUCGGAUUGACGAUCCGGACUUGGACGUCACGCCGAAUAGUGUGCUUGUUUUGCAGAAUAUCGGUCCGGUUGGAAACCCGGGUAUGCCGGAAGCAGGCCUGAUCCCGAUUCCUAGGAAACUCGCCGCGCAGGGGGUACAAGACAUGUUGCGUUUGUCGGACGGCAGGAUGAGCGGUACCGCUGGCGGGACCAUCGUGCUUCACAUCUCUCCAGAGGCAGCUGAUCCCGAGUCGGUGUUGGGGAUUGUCAGGGACGGCGACAUCAUCACUUUUGACGCGGAGCAGCGUGUAAUCAGGGUCGAAAUCUCAGAUGAAGAGAUCAAGAAGAGGAUAGCCGAGAAGCUCCAGGUACUAGAGCAGGAGGAGGCAAAUGGUGGGAGUAACGCGCCUUGGAUCGCGAAGAAGCGGAUCAGGGGUUACCGUGGCUUGUACUUGCGCGAGGUUAAUCAGGCUGAGGGUGGCGGAGACUUUGACUUCCUAACGGCUCGCGGUCCAUCACGAGGGUUAUGA